AUGAAUGAAGAAGUUUUUGAAGAUUUAAUUGCUGAUAUGGAUUCAGUUAACCUCAACAAUAAAUCAUCAUCGAAAUCAGAACAAAAUUCAAAUUUAGUUGAUAUCACGAAAAUUAAAAUUGAACAAACUACAACUACGCAAAUCACACCUAAAACAUCUACAAAAACACCAACACAAAAGGGUAAUAAACGUAUAGACAUUAUUGAAGAAUACAAUAAACGUAAUGCUGAAAAAGAAUCUUUAAAUUUAGUUAUUAUUGGUCAUGUUGACGCAGGAAAAAGUACUUUGAUGGGUCAUUUACUUUAUCUUCUUGGUGAAGUAAAUGAUAAAACAAUGAAAAAAUAUGAAAGAGAAUCAUCAAAGAUAGGAAAAUCAUCUUUUGCCUAUGCGUGGGUUCUUGAUGAGACUGAAGAAGAAAGAAAUAGGGGUAUCACCAUUGAUAUUGCAAUGACAAAGUUUGAAACUAAAAAUAAACGAUUUACUUUAUUAGAUGCACCUGGACAUCGUGAUUUCAUUCCUAAUAUGAUUUCCGGAGCAGCACAGCCAAAUGAUACUUUUCGUCCUUUUGAUGUUCAGCCUUUUCAGUUAUAG